CAAGAAGUGGCGAAGGGAGCAGUAGUGCCUUGGGUGUUGUGUGGGAAGGAUUACUUCUCUAAAUUUUCGUCUGGCUGUAAGAACCAAAGCUUAUAUCAAUGAAGACAAGAUGAACCCGUACCAAUACCAGGCUCCUCCCUCUGGUAUCGAGCUCGUGCCGCGGCCGCAGAAGAUGAAGAUCACGGUGCGCGCCGUGAGCGGGAGCGCGGGCGGCCACGGGCGGAACGGCACGGCGGGGCAGUUGCUGGGCUUGGUCGUCGGGAUAUUUUUCGGCUUCGUGAUAACGGCGGCUUUCCGGCAGCUGAUGCUGAAGCCGCACAUGUGCCUGUCGUCGAGGAACGUGCCGGUCUACGACGACACGAGCGAGGCCUUCCGCAUAAUCGGCCACGACCCCAAGAAGAACGUGCACAACAGCGAUAAGAAUUUAGUGUUCGUGGGGGUGAUGACGGCCAACAUGUACCUGGGCAGCCGCGCCAAGGCGGUGUUCGAGACGUGGGGCAAGCACCUGCCGGGCAAGAUCGCCUUCUUCUCGUCCGAGGCGUCCACCACCGACGUGGACAUCCCGCUGAUCCGCCUGCGGGGCGUCGACGACUCGUACCCGCCGCAGAAGAAGUCGUUCAUGAUGCUCAAGUACAUGGCCGACCACUUCGCCGACCACUUCGAGUACUUCAUGCGCGCCGACGACGACGUGUACAUCCGGCCCGACAAGCUGGAGGCCUUCCUGCGCUCGGUGAACAGCACGCGCGCGCACUUCAUCGGGCAGGCGGGCAAGGGCAACCAGGAGGAGUUCGGCCACCUGGCCCUCAAGGACGACGAGAACUUCUGCAUGGGCGGCCCCGGCGUCAUCAUGAGCCGCAAGACGCUCCUGCAGGUGGCGCCGCACAUCAGGGACUGCCUGAAGAACCUCAGGUCCACGCACGAGGACGUGGAAGUGGGGCGCUGCGUCAGGAAGUACGCGAAGGUCCCCUGCACGUGGUCGUACGAGAUGCAGAGUAUCCUGUACCACAACAGCAGCGGGACCGAGGCUUUCACGGGGCCCCUCAAGCAACGAGAGGUGCAUCGCGCAAUCACCCUCCACCCUAUCAAGAAUCACACGUAUCUCUAUCGACUCCAUUAUUACAUCCAGAGUCUAAACAUCAAGUCCAAAGAAGCGGAAUUGGUGCGCACGAUAAGGGAACUAUACAAGACCAGCGAGGAGGUGGGGACCAUGAUGCCGAAUCUUGACUCACCCGCUAAGGGCGUUUUCCUCAACCACUUGAGCACAGAUGCAACCCUUCAGAAAUGGUCUCCAGAUCUAGAGGAGGAAGUCAAUGCAUGGGACUUUGUGAGCAGAGCAGCUUUUUGCUUGGGAGACGCCAACCCUCGCCACAAGCCAACCUCGGGCAUGAACGAGGGGUUGGAGGAUGUCAUAAGAGAUGUCAUGGAGAUCAUAAACAAAGUUUCCAAAGAACGAGGAAGAGUGAUUGAUUUCAAAGAGAUACUCUACGGAUAUAUCAGAUGGCACCCUAGUCAUUCCAUCGAAUAUAUCAUAGACAUGUUGCUCCACUAUGUAGUUUUAAAGGGCUAUGACUUCAAACGGGUAUGUCUAGAAGGAGAAGAAAAUGUGCGUUUAGUGGUGGUGUCCUUCCGUCCUCCCCCCGGCCAGGAGGACACGACGGAGAAUGUUGAGGCUCUCAUCUCCAGCCUUCAGUUGGACUAUCCUGAUGUUCCUAUGAGUGUGCUACAGGCAAACACAAGUUUUGCUCGAGCUUUAGCCUUAGAGUUGGGUGCUGGCCAGUGUGAGGAAAAUGACCUGAUGUUCUUCAUCGAUGUGGACAUGACCUUCACUCCCGGUGCUCUUGAUAGAAUACGAUUACAUACAGUGCAGGGAAUCCAGAUAUAUUAUCCUAUAGUUUUUAGUGAGUUUGAUCCAAGUGUAACAAGAAAGGGAAGCAAAGAUGAAACAUAUGACCACAAUUUGAUUGAUGAAGAAGUGGGAUAUUGGAGAGCAUUUGGAUUUGGAAUUGUAUCGAUGUACAAGUCUGAAUUGCUAACGGCAGGUGGUCUAGAUACUUCCAUUCUUGGAUGGGGUCAAGAAGACGUUGACCUAUUUGAGAAGGUGCUGAAGAAAAAAAUCCAGGUAUUUCGAGCAGCUGACCCUGGCCUAGUCCAUAUUUUCCACCACGUCGACUGUGAUCACAACCUCGUCACGAACCAAUACCAGAUGUGCCAAGGGACGAGAUACAGUACCUAUGGUGCUACACAUUCCCUCGCCAAAACCAUCAUUGACAAUCCAGAAAUCCUAGCGUACAAGAGACGAAACUCGUAGUCACUAUUUUUGUAUAUCCAAUAAUUUAACAAGCGUUAUUUUUUAUAAUUUAUUGCCCCUCGAGGCUUAUGUAGGUGAAUAAGGAUGGUGAAAUCUCUCGCUGUGUGGAGAAAAGGGAGACAUUCCUAUCUCACGGACAAGAGUAAUUGUCAUGACUUUUAGGUUUUAGGUUUUAUUCUUCGAAUCCAAACAACUCCUCUUUUUAUGUACUGUUCACUGAACUUAAGGAAGAAUGUUACCACCCUUGGUUUAAUUAAUUUAAGAACAAACUCAGAGAUGAAUGACAAUGCGCGAUGCAGCUGAUAUUUUAUUGAUAGCCAUUCACAUUUCCUUAUUUUGUAGAUUCUGAUAUUUUUUAGGUCUUUUUCCAGUUUUCUGCACUUGUUAUUUUUUCUGUUAUUAUUAUUAUUUAUUUAUUGAUUGAUUGAUCUUUUUUUUGUCAUUAUUCUUAUAUUAUUAUUAUUUUAAUUUUAUAAUGUCAUCUUCAACAUCAACAUCACCUUUAUUGUUGUCAUAGUCGUUAUCAACUUCAAUAUCAACAGCAACAUCAGCAGCAACAAUUAUCAUCAUUUAUCAUCAUCUUUAUUUUGAUUAUCAUUAUCAUCAUUAUCUUUCAUUAUUAUUAUUAUCAUUAUUAUUAUUAUUAUUAUUAUUAUUAUUAUCAUUAUUAUUAUUAUCAUUAGUAUCAGUAUUAUUCUUAAUAUUACAGUUAUUAUUGUUUUAUUUUUUUUUUUUUUUUCAUUAUUAUUAUUAUUAUUGGUAUGGUUAUUAUGAUUAGGAUUAAGGGUUUUAUUAUUGUUAUUAUUAUGUUACCAUCACUAUCACUACUACAAAUAUUAUUACUAUGACUGUUGCUUUUACUAUUAAUGUUACACCUGUUACUGCUACUACUGAUAAUACUGCUACUGUUUAGUAUUCAGUUAUGUAUGCACAAUCAUUAUCAUAAUGAUAAUUGUUUAUUCAUUCAGAAAUGCCCAAAUUGCAGCAUGCAUAAUAUAGAUUAUCACUUACUACCUGUGCUAGUUCAAAAUGAUUGAAAUUACUGAUUUUUUUUUAUGAAUAUAGGCUUUUUCUUUCUUUCUUUUUUUCUUUCUUUUCUAAUUUUUUUCUUUGCAGCUAUAAUCAGUUCCUCACUGUUACUGUUCAUCGUUCUAUCUUUUUAUUUUGUCAUUUUGUCUUGUGCUCAAUAAUGGUAAUGGACGAGUCAUAUUGUAGGGACUUUAAAUUCCUUAUCACAAAGGAAGGAAAUACAUAUCCCUGGAAGUUAGUUUACCUGUUGUGAAUGGCUGAGGAGAUUGCUGGAAAUGUAUCCUACUUGCUUCUUCAGUAUUCAUGCAUAUACUCACACGGAAGGGAGAAGACACACAGAUACAGACAGAGAACACGUACACACAUACUCACAUGUCACACACAUACAUUCACUCACACACAUACACUCACAGGCACAAGCACACACAUGCACACACACAUUCUUGUUGACAUAUCAUAUAUAUGUAUAUAAUAAUUAUUGCCUUCUACUUUUAUUUAUUUCCAGGUUUUAGUUUAUUAGUUUUCUAUCUCUUUAUAUCUAGGAAUAUGUGCAAGCAGCAGAUACCAGAAGGUGCCAUAAUUGUAAUAUGAAAUUCUCAACUUUUUUCUCAUUAUUAUUUACUCAUCUAUGUUUUAUCAUUAUUUUUUUAAGUACUUAGUUGAAGGGUUUGAUUUCAUUCCGUGUAAAUUGUGAGCCAAUACUUAAAGUGAAGGAAGAAAGCACAAAAGAUUGAAUAAGUACUUCAAAAUCGUAGACAAAUUGCUGUGAUCAAAAGGGGUAGAUGCCCAGUAUGUAUCCAGAAAUUCUCAGUCUUGAGUAUCCCACCGUACUUUGAAUCUCUAUAUUGUACUUCUGAAAACCCAUUUGUUACCAAAAUAGUCACAUAAAGUUUGUAUUUCAUAAUAUGUUUCAGGUUAAUGACUUCAUUUGCAUUGUCACCCUCAUCAACUUUGCACAGAUUGCGAUGCAUCCCAUAAAUCACGCGAUGAUGUACAUAGGUGUGAGAAACACUGUGACUAACUUUGGUAGAAAAGGGUAAGAUUCUUGAUAGAUAAAUAAAGAUGCAAUAAUCCAGUGCCACAUUGAUAUGGAUGAAGGACAACCCUCACUGACUAGGACUCAAGCCUGGAGUGGCAAGGGUUCGAAUCCCAGUCAGCGAGGGUUGUUAUUUAUAGAUGACUAUGUCUAGGGCUCUCAUGAUUUAUCAUAAAAAAGUUGGCCCAAUGUUUGCAUAUAAGAUGUGGGUGAGUUUUUGAUCCCCUCUUUUAAGUGCAUCUUAUAUAAUGUCAAAUAUAGUACUAGAUAUUAAGUACAACUAGGUGCCUCUUUCAUAAAGCACAAUGCAACAAGUUUUGGCCUUCUUUUCAUUGCAGCAGAUUUCUGCUGCAUAUCUUCUAUACCAUAUGUUAGCCUUAACCAUCUAUGCUGCUCUCUGGUCAGUUACUUUGUCAGUCAGCUAUAGGAAUGUUCAUAAUUAAACUUUAACAGGUACUGACCAUCAUUAGUGCAAAGUCAGGGCAGUGAUUGUUGGAAACUAAAAUAUGUUUUUGGUUCUGAAUUUCAACAGCUAUAUCUUUUUUCUAAUCUGCAAGUAAGACUUGGCAGCUUUUUAUGAUUAUUUUGUUAUUAGGAUGAAAACAUCUGGAAUGUAUAAUUUUUGUAUUUAAGAAAUUGUAUACAGUAUCAGUAAUAAAAGAAAUAUCAUUGUUAAGUGUUCAAAUUCUUACUGUUUUUUAAUAAUCAGUUAUAAGUGAAUAAUUUUAGUGAAGUUCAGUAUACAGAAUAUCUGUAUACUUGAUUUUUUUAGGAGGAGGGGGUCAUCCUCUUGAUUUAGAUGCAUAGGGAACAGUAUUUUUUGCUUUCAGAAAUACAUGAAACAUGAAGUGGGUUACCUGUUUACAAAUGAAUAUCUACAUCCACAUAUGUACAAGUCAUACAUACACACACUAGCAUAAUAUGUUGAUAUUAAUAGUUUAUAUAUUUAUAUUAUAGGACAGUGCGAAGGACUACAUGCAUAACAGUCAAGAGUAUAUUUUUGUGCUAUAUGUUACUAUCCUGCAUAAUUUCCAUAACUAAUUAUGAAAAUUAGCAACAAUUUCCAAUGGCUUUUUUUAUCUACGAUACAUUGAUUUUAUCUGUUUUGAUGGUACUUUAAUAGUUGUAUUAUAAACAGAUGUUCCUGUAUAUUUAUAUGUAUAAUUGUGAUACAGAUACUAGGUGCCAUUAUAGAAUAGAGUAUGUGAUAAUAUUUUGUUGAUGUCUUCCUUGACAAAGAGGCUGUUUUAGGUACCUUUUGUGACCUUAAAGGAAUAAAUGCGUCAUCUGUUUCUCAUGAUGGAUUUCACUAUGUAAUGCAUAUCACCGACAGAUAUCUACACUUUGUACAUUUUAGGUUUUAGGUAUUAGUGAGAAUGUAAAAAAUUUGUAUGGAUUUUGA